AUGCGCGGAAUGUUCGCCUUUACCUGCCAACCCAGUAAACCUCUUCGAUUAGAUUUGGUAGAGUUUUGUAAGGACUACUCGGCAUUCUGUAAUGUGCCAAACUUUCAUCGUCUUCCCGGACCACGUAUGGGUCCGCCGGCUGGCGAUAAUUCGGUGGGCCACGUUGGUGUCAGUGGCAAGUUUGGCUUUGGUAUUGGUGCAGUGCCAGGACUGGAUGUUGGUGUAGGUUGGGGUGUGGAUGUUGGCCCACUUCCUGGAAUGGGUGAAAGCGUUGGGGUUGAUCUGGGACUCGAUCUCGGUAUAAUGGGCGCGAAAACACCCGAAGCGUUCCGACGAGGGCAGGAUGACCCUAAGGAAAAGGUGGGUCACAAAAAGAAACCACUGUGGUUAAUCCUGCGAGUUCUCAACACCAUGUUUGGACGGCAGAAUGUCAAAUUUAUGAAUUCGAGAUUUUAG